AUGGCCGGCUCUAUCUUUUGCUGUCGAGUCAAACAUUUCCUUCGUCCCGGUGAACAGGACGUCAGAUCACUUCAACCAAAUUUUCUACUCAAUUCUGCAUUCUCUGUACUCGGGUCUGAUGUCUCUGCGGAGCUGCUGGAACUUCCAGUCGGUACUUGUAACGCCCAAACUCCCUGCGUAAAUGGGGCUUGUUGCAGCGGCGUUUCUGGACUCUGUGGUUACUCCCCAUCCGAGUGCGGUGUUGGCAAUUGUACCUCGAACUGUGAUGCCAAAGCCGAAUGCGGCCAGUACGGCGUUCCUGGAAAGCAAACAUGCCCAUUGGGUGUUUGUUGCUCUAAGUUUGGAUUCUGUGGUUCAACCGACGAUUUCUGCAAUGUCGACGAAGGCUGCCAGAAGGACUUUGGAGGCUGCGGUCCUCCAAAACGUCCUUCGUGUAGCAAAGAUGGCACCAGUGUCAACAAGCGUUCUAUCGGCUACUAUGAAACUUGGGCCAACACAAGACCUUGCAGCGCAGUGGCGCCGGAGCAGCUAAACCUCCAGGGCCUAACUCACAUCAACUUUGCGUUCAUGUUCUUUGAACCGGAUACUUUUGAACUCACACCCAUGGACAAGAAUGCUGGUUCACUGAUUAGCCGCUUCACAAAACUCAAAGAGAGGAAGCCUGGACUGGAAACAUGGGUUAGUGUUGGUGGAUGGUCUUUCAACGAUCCUGGAAAGUAUCAGCAGGCCUUUAGCAUCAUGUCGAGUACUGCUUCCAACCGUAGAAAGUUUAUUAACAACUUAAUCAAAUUCAUGGAGACCUACGGGUUCGAUGAUGACCGUGGCGGUAAGCCCGAAGACAAGGCAAACUUUGUUCUUCUCUCCAAGGACAUAUACAACGCCUUCGAAAAGAAGGGAUAUGGCUACUCCCUCACACUACCCGCAUCGUACUGGUAUUUGCAGCAUUUCGACCUUGCAAAACUGCAGCCGUACGUCCACUGGUUCAAUCUCAUGUCGUACGAUCUACAUGGUACCUGGGAUGCGGCGUCAAAAUUUGUUGGCUCAUACGUCGCCACUCAUACAAACCUGACGGAAAUCGAUCUUGGUCUCGAUCUUCUUUGGAGAGCUGGUGUCAAGCCUGAGAAUGUCGUCCUUGGUCAGGGAUCAACGUUUACAUUGACACCAUAA